AUGACAAGUUACUGGUAAGUGAAGCUAGAGAGGAGAAAUUAAGAAAGGAAAUGGAAAUGGCUGCCAGUGGGUUCUCCAAAAUAUUUGACGAUUUUGCAUGCAGAGUAUCAGGAGCAGUAAAAAGCAAUACUCUGAGGUUGGAAGACAUAAGUUCUCAACUUAAAGCUUUCUCCAAGAUGGCUACUGUGCUAAGAAGCACAGGACUCAUGUACAAACAGAAGCUGGAGCGGAGAUGUGCUGAUCUCCAAAUGGCUGAGGCUGAGGGGCCUGGGCAGAAGCUUAGGAGAAGAUGUCUGCUAUCUAUGAUAACUGGGAGAGGCUGGUUGCUGCUGUUUUGCGAAAACAGCAGCUGUGGGAACUUUUUCACGACCACUCUAGGAGCCCUAGCAUCCGCUCCGAAGCAUCGGACUUCAGUUCUAGCUUCAACUCAAGUUCUCCCCUUCACUAUCUGGCCUUGGACUUUUCAAGGCUUGCAAGUUUUCCGAGGUCACCUAAAGCGAAGCGAAGGCUGGCUCUUGUUUCAGAUUUUAGUUCUGGUUUUGAUGUUGAAGAUGUAUUCCUGGCUUCAGCCGUCUUACUUGGGAGGGGAACUUUUGGGAGUACUUACACGGUUGCAAUGGAAAAUGGGGUAAAAAUUGUGUUGAAGAGAUUGAAGUCUACGAAUAUUUCAGAACAAGAGUUCAAAAGUCAGAUGGAGGUCGUUGGAAAUGUUAGACAUGAGAAUGUGGCUGCCCUCAGGGCUUAUUAUUCUUCAGAAGAGGAAAGGCUGAUGAUGUAUGAUUAUUACAGUGACGGGAGUGUCUAUGCGCUGUUACAUGGACAAACUGGUAAAAAUAAGUCUCAUGUAGACUGGGAAACCAGACAGAGAAUUGCAAUUGGUGCUGCAAGGGGUAUUGCUGCAAUACAUGCGCAAAAUGGUGGGAAGCUUGUCCACGGAAACAUAAAAGCAUCAAAUAUUUUUCUUAAUUCUCAAAAGUAUGGCUGUGUAUCAGAUCUUGGCUUGGCGACCAUGGUAGAGACAGUAUUCAUGCCAACUGCAGGGUACUAUGCUCCAGAAGUCAAGAAUGCUAGAGAUAUCUCCCAAGCAUCAGAUGUCUAUAGCUUUGGGAUUCUGCUUCUUGAACUUCUCACUAGAAAGUCCCCCGCACACAUCCCUGGUGGUCCUAAGUCUGUUGACCUAGUGAAGUUGGUUACUUCUGUGAAAAGCAAGGAGAGGGCUGCUAAGGUAUUUGAUGCAGAACUAUUGACGUAUCCUAUGAUAAGGGAACAAGCGGUGAUAAUGUUGCAAAUCGGAAUAACAUGUGUAGAAAAAUCAAAAAAGAAGAGACCGAAAAUGCUUGAAGUAGUGAGGAUGUUAGAGGAUAUUAAUACAGUGAACCGUGGAAGUAGAGUGAAUCCACAAAAUCAUGUUUCCUUGAAAAGGAAACUUGUAUUCAUUGACGAUUCUAAUCCUAAAUUUGAGCUUGAGGAUUUGUUAAGGGCUUCUGCUGAGGUGCUUGGGUUAGGAACAUUUGGGAUUUCUUACAAGGCAAGGUUAGAAAAUGGAAACACAGUCGCGGUGAAGAGAUUGAAGGAUGUAAGUGUAUCAUUUGAGGAUUUUCAGAAGCAUAUGAAUGUCAUUGGGAAAAUGAGGCAUGAGAACGUUGACAAACCAAGGGCAUACUACUACUCAAGAGAUGAGAAGCUCUUGGUGUAUGAUUGCUAUGAUAAACAGAGCUUAUCUGAUUUGCUACACGAGAAAACAACUUUGGGUUGGACACCUUUAGACUGGGAGACCCGGCUGAAAAUUGCAGUGGGCGCAGCAAGGGGUAUUUAUCACAUCCACGGACAAGAUGGUUGGAAGCUUGUACAUGGAAAUAUAAAAUCCUCAAACAUUUUCCUUGAUGGACAAAGAUAUGGGAUUGUCUCUGAUGUUGGGUUGACAAAACUGAUGAAACCAAUCAGCUUGUCUUAUAUGUGGACUCCAGGCCCCCGUGCCCCAGAAGUUACAAACUUCAGGCAAUUGUCCCAAGCUUCUGAUGUCUACAGCUUUGGAUUCCUGCUUCUUGAACUUGUCACCGGAAAGAAAACUUCUCGAACCAUCACUGAUGAUGUUGAUGUCAUCGCAUUAGUUAAGUGGAUUCAAUAUGUUGUUCACAAAGAAUGGACUCCUGAAGUGAUUGAUAUAGAACUUCGGAGGUAUCCAGGUGAGGAGGAAGCAAUGGUACAAGUGCUGCAAAUAGGAUUGGACUGUGCUGUCACUAACCCGGAGAGCAGACCAAGAAUGGCUCAAGUGCUGAGAAUGUUGGAGGAAAUCAGUGGCAUCGAACCAGCCGAUGAAUCAAGAUUGGAAGAUAGAUGGGAGCAGCCAUCCAUUGAGUCAAGAUUGGAAGAUCUAUUGGAGGAUCUGUUGCCCACACUGAUACCAUAAAUACUUAAAUAGUGGUAGCACAUCAGGACAUCUCCUAAUCCCCUUCUGCAAACUCGGGGUUCAAGUAAUUCGCCUCAUGGCCUGAGGAAGAAUUCGGCGGCCAUCAAUGUAAAGACGAGUCCUGCACAUUGUAAAUGAGAAUCGAACAUGUUUGGAAUUCUCCAACAUAAUAUCUGUUUUGUUUUUAAGCAAAAUUAUGACAAA